AUGGUCGCGGCAUUUUUCACCCUCGCAGCUUUAAUAAUUAGAUAUUGCAUAACAACUUAUGUAAUUAAGAAAGAGAAGGGAAACGGCUCACAAGUGCAAUAUUUCAUUUAUUUCCUAAUACAAGCAAUUACAGUCGUUGUGGUUGCCGUACCAGAGGGUUUACCGUUGGCUGUGACUCUCGCAUUAGCGUACGCCGUUCGAGUAAGAAUAAAGAAAAAUUAUGGAUUUUAUACCUUGAAUUAUGCGUUAUUAUUUCACUUUCAGAAAAUGAUGGAUGAUCAUAAUUUAGUUAGACAUUUGGAUGCGUGUGAAACAAUGGGUAAUGCCACAACGAUAUGUUCUGACAAAACAGGAACAUUAACAACAAAUCGCAUGACGUGUGUUGAAUUAUAUAUUGGAGGAAAACAUUAUGAAAAAAUACCAAAAGUGGAAGAAAUAAACUCAGAUCUAAUACCAAUUGCACAAGAAGCGAUGACAGAAUCAAGUGACGAGCAUGACUUGGCGAAACAAAUUGGAAAUAAAACGGAAUGUGCUUUAUUGAAGUUAGUUACAACGUUGAAUGGUUCCUAUGAAGAUAUACGACAGAGAAUACCAGAAUCGAAAAUGGUUAAAGUUUAUACGUUUAAUUCCGCAAGAAAAAUGAUGAGUACAAUAAUUAACAAAGAAAAUGGGGGCUACAGAAUAUACACGAAAGGUGCAUCGGAAAUUAUACUGUCAAAAUGUAAAUAUAUUCUUGAUGCAAAUGGUAAACCAGUAGAUUUAACUCCAGCUGAAUUAAAUAAAAUUAUGAAAGACAUUAUUGAAAAAAUGGCUAACAAUGGUUUAAGAACAAUAUGUAUUGCUUACAAAGAUUUUGACAAUGAACAAAACUGGGACCAAGAAGAAGAGAUAGUUUCAAAUUUAGUUUGUAUCUGCAUAGCAGCAAUUGAGGAUCCUGUCAGAUCCGAAGUGCCAGAAGCAAUAGAAAAAUGUCAACGUGCGGGAAUUAUUGUAAGAAUGGUGACUGGAGAUAAUGUAAAUACUGCUCGUUCAAUAGCGACAAAAUGUGGUAUAAUUAAACCGACGGACAAUUUCCUUGUAUUAGAUGGUAAAGAGUUUAAUAAACGGAUAAGAGAUUCCGAGGGAAAUGUUUCUCAAAAACUAUUAGAUGAAGUUUGGCCUAAUUUACGUGUACUGGCUCGAUCAUCGCCACAAGACAAAUAUACGUUAGUCAAUGGUAUAGUUGAAAGUAAAGUUACAAGUCAUCGAGAAGUAGUGGCCGUGACUGGCGAUGGUACAAAUGAUGGGCCAGCAUUGAAAAGAGCUGAUGUGGGAUUCGCAAUGGGCAUUCAAGGAACGGAUGUCGCAAAACAAGCUUCAGAUAUAAUAUUAACUGAUGAUAAUUUUUCAAGUAUCGUUAAAGCAAUGAUGUGGGGAAGAAAUGUAUAUGACAGUGUCGCCAAAUUUUUACAAUUUCAAUUAACGGCCAAUUUGUCCGCUGGUCUUAUAUCCGUGAUAUCAGCUGCAGCGAUAAGUAGUGUUCCACUACGAGCUGUUCAAAUGUUAUGGGUCAACUUGAUUAUGGACACAUUGGCAUCGUUAUCAUUAGCCACUGAACCACCAUCAGAAGAACUAUUAGACCGUAAACCAUACGGAGAGCGUUUUCUCAAAGUAGAAUCGACUGUUAAAAUGUUAUCCAGUAAUCCGGAGUUGGGCCGUGAACCUUCACAACAAUUUACGAUUGUGUUCAAUGCGUUUGUGUUAAUGACAUUAUUUAAUGAAAUUAACGCUCGUAAAUUACAUGGUGAAAGAAAUGUGUUUAAAGGAAUAUUUAGAAAUCCAUUCUUCUAUUGUAUUUGGAUAUUUUCAUUUGUUGCACAGAUAAUUAUUGUUACAUUUGGUAAUGUGGUUUUUAGCUGUGUAAGAUUAUCGAUCGCACAAUGGGGUUGGUGUUUAUUAUUUGGCGUUGGAUCAUUAAUAUGGGGACAGGUACUGGCGUCAAUUCCGAUGAAAGCAUUACAAACCAUAUUUAGUACACUAUGCUUUUGUUGCAAACACCGUCGCAUUCGUCAUAAAAAUUUGGGCGAAGGUGAAGAAGAAGAGUCUAAUGAUCUAGCGGAUCAGUAUUAUGUAAUUGAUCACAUAAUCGGUAAGACAACAAUAGUUCUACCACCAUUCCCACGUUUCAAUCAAAUAUUAUGGCAUAAAAGUGUUCAAAAACUGCAGAGAGAAUUUCAAGUUAUCAAUGCAUUUCGUGGCAGUCGUAUAGACGAAGUUAAAGACAAGAGGUAUUCUAUAAAACGAGACAGCCAAAAUCAAGAAUUCAUCAUUAUUUGA